CCUCAAGUUUCAGGCAAUCCAGGCAGGACUUAAACCUGCAGCCUCAAUAGUCAGAUGUCCCCUGGACUGACCAUGCCACCCCACGUUACCCUGACAGGCAAACAUGUCUUGGUUCUCCAGAAGUGACUGAGCCUGUAGCUAAAAAGUUUCCUGUGCUUUCCUGAGGAAGACAUCACCUCCUUCUUGAGGUUCUGGCACUGUGGCCCUGUCUCCACGCUGCAGCUGAGACCUUCCACCAUGAAGCUCUUCUCCUGCCUCAUGGCUCUCCUGCUUUUCCUCCUCCAGGCUGUUCCAGGUCUCGGCUUGCCCAGAGACACCUUGCGUUGUUUGGAAUACCACGGCUACUGCUUCCAUCUGAAAUCCUGCCCGGAGCCGUUCGCUGCCUUUGGAACUUGCUACCGGCGCCGCAGGACCUGCUGUGUUGACACGACAUCCAACUUCCACAUCUGCCAAGAUGAGGGGGGCCACUGUGUGCCCCCAGAAAUCAAAUGUCUGCAAGAGCAAGAGGGACUCUGCCCUCGCAGAGGAUGGAAGUGCUGCACAGAAGUGUGACAAAAACCUCGUGGGAUUGCAGAAAACCAUGGAAAUGAACAGCCAGAAAAACAAACAAGUUUCAUUCCAAGUGUUGUAGACGUGUCUGGUGCUCUCAACAUGCAAAGUGUGUAAUUAACUAGAGGUGACGUGUUUCUUUAUAUAAAAAAGGCAAUAAAUG